AUGCUGGCUGAGAAAAAUUCACAUAAUACAGGAGACAUUAUAACACCCACCGUCACCAAAUAUAGCCAGACUGCAACGGCCAGCGGUGUCGACAAGACUACGUCUGCGGUCGAGAAACUUCAUCAUGAGUCAGUCUCUGAGUCAAAAGAGCUCCAUUUGAUAGACUCUAACAUUUCAACUGAGUUCGAAAAGUCAAGAGGUGUGAGAAGGAUUGAAAAUGUUAAGGCCAUGAUGCAGUCAGACGAAGGGAAAAAAGUCACUAUCGCUUUCUGGACCUGUCUUGUCGUGAUUGCUUGGGUCUACUCUUUGGAUUCCUCUACCACAUACAAUUAUGCUAUUCCUGCUGCUUCCAAUUUCAGCAGACACUCAAUGAUUUCUACUGUUAAUAUCGCAUCCGGGAUUAUUGGUUCCGUUGUCUUGCCUUUUCAGGCUAAGUUCUCUGAUAUCACUUCAAGGCCUAUUUGUUUUGCCCUUUCAUUGCUCUUUUACACUGUGGGUACAGUUAUUGCAGCUUCUAGUUCGAGCAUUGGUGGCUAUGUGGUUGGUACAGUUUUCACUGCUGUUGGUUCAAAUGGUAUCUCCUUUUUGAGGGAUAUCAUCGUCGCUGAUUUAACAGACUUAAAGUGGAGGGGUCUUGUAAACGGUAUUAUGACCAGUCCGUACUUAAUUACUGUCUGGUUUGCUGGUUUGAUUGUUGAUGCCGUCUUAAAGACUAAUUGGAGAUGGGGUUAUGGUAUGUUUGCUAUCAUAAUGCCUGUCAUUGUAUCUCCGUUAAUUUUUGUGUUGUCCUACUAUGAACAUAAAGCUCAAAAAUUGGUACCCAAAGUUGUAAAACCAAAGAAAUCGGUUUGGAAAAUUGUUAAAGAUGCUGCAAUUGAAAUCGAUGCUUUCGGUUUGAUUCUAUUAGGUUUUGGGUGGUCUUUGUUCUUGUUGCCCUUCUCUAUCUACUCUUAUGCUGAUAAAGGCUGGAAAAAUCCUAGUAUUAUUGCCAUGCUUGUUGUUGGCCCUGUAUUGUUGAUAAUCUUUGUUGUGUAUGAGGUUUUCUAUGCCCCCUUCCCAUCCAUGCCUAAAAGAGUUAUUAAAAACAAGACUUUCGUUACAGCUAUUAUCAUCAAUAUUAUCUACUUGUUAGCUGAUGGUAUUAGAGCGCAAUAUUUGUCCACUAUCAUGUGGAUAGGAAAGGAUUGGUCGAAUCAAAAUUGGGUCUACUUUAAUAAUACCUUGACGAUGUCUUUAUGUUUUUUUGGGGUUGUUGCCGGAGCCACUUGCAGAAUUACGCACCGUUACAAGUACAUGCAAUCUUUUGGAAUUCUAGUUAGAGUCAUAUCUUACUGCCUUCCACUAAGAUCCCAAGGAACCCUUGCCAAUACUGCCUCGUUCGUCAUGAGUCAAGUCCUAAUGGGGUUUGGUUCUGCUUAUUCUACCAUUGGUACACAAAUUAGCUCACAGGCAUCUGUUCCUCACCAGGACUUAUCGUUGGUUAUGUCCUUGGUGCUCCUUUGGUCAACUGUGGGUAGCUCUAUUGGUUAUGCUAUCUCUUCUGUAAUUUGGACUUCAAAAUUGCCUCAAUACUUCAGAGAAUUCAUACCAAACUCGUACACUGAUGAGGAGGUUUACAAUUUCUACACAGACAUGGACCUGUUGAGAGCCAUGCCUUUUGAUUCUGAUGCGAGACAAGGUGCUACAAAGGCAUUCACAUAUGUUGCCAUCUUCAUGUUUGCUCCUCCAAUUGCUAUGGAAUUCAUCAACUUUUUAUUGAGUUUCUUUCAGACCAACUUUUACUUGGGUGACACCCACAAUGCCAUUGAAGACCAGAAUGGUAAAGAUCCAACCAAUCCUGACGAAGAAAUACGUGUCCCACAAACUACUAAAGAAAAGUUUCUCUAUCUCUUCAGAUAA